AUGGCAUCGUGUAUUCCCAAAACCGACUUCUGUUCCAAGUGUACGAAAGAGACCAAAUAUGUUUGCAUGAAUUGCAGAAUUCCUAUUUGUAACGUGUGCAGUUAUGCAGAAGAGAAUGAAGAGACUCCAGGAUGGUCGUCCGGGAGAAGCGUUGGAUAUUGCGGCGAAUGUUCCAAAGAAGAAGGUGCAGAGAACGAAAUACCGGACAAAAGGGCCACGAAAACAUCACCCAGGAUAAAUACCGCAACCCUUCAAUAUGAAAGUGAUGAUGAGAGUCUGGCAAGUGGAGAUGAAGAUGAAAUGCUUAAUAUCUUCAAAGGCAAAAAAAGCAAAAGGAAGAAGAAGCCAGGUAGAAAAGCACAAUGGCCAGAAAGUCUAUUGAAUAAUCUGAUAGACAUUAUUGCAAAUGAUGAUUACUUUAAGAAAAAACUCAUUUUUACAAACACAAGAAAUCGAAAGAAUGGGGAAAUAUACCAAAAAGUUCUAACAGAGUUAAAGAGCCAGUCAUCGAUACGAAAUGAAGAAUGCCCUUACACAGCUAUACAACUAAGGACAAAAUUCAAGAAGUCUGUGGCUGAAUGCAAAAAGGCAGCUUUGUUGAUAAAGACUGGAAGUGGAAUUAAACGCUUCCAGGAUCAUCAUGGGUAUGGCACGUGGUUCAACCAAUUGUUUGCUUUAGUAAAGACAAGAGAAUCUUGUCAACCAGAGCAAGCAAUUGAACCCUCUGCCAUUGCUCAAUCUGAUGCACAAUCACCUAUACCUUGUGGUGCAUCACCAGCUACAUCAUCAGACUCACAAGAGUUAUUUGUGCCGGUGCCAGCCAAAAGAAGAAAAACAAGAAAAGAAGGCCAAUUCCAUGAUCUGAUGGAAAUGAUGAAUAAACUUGUUGAAAAAGAUCCAAUGAGUGAUUUUUUGGCCUUUGCUAGAGAAGAAGCAGAGAAAUCCAGACAGCACGAACUGAAACUUGUCCAACUUUUGAUGAAGGCACAAAACCCACCACAGCAAGCUAACUAUGCUAACAUUCAGGGUCAACAACUUAUGCACAACUUUUCUUCCUAUUAUCAAUUUUAAUGUUAACAUAGUAAAAUCAUUAGACAUAUACAAAUAAUGAUCAUUUCUGAACAUUAACAAGAAUAACAUAAUUAGAAAUAUUUAAAAGCCUUUAGUGAUUAUAUAUCAUAAUAAAGUUUCAACAAAAUUUAUAAAAGUUUGGAAUAUUCAGUACAGGUUUGGCAAGACAUACAUUUUUGCUAUAAAGCCCCUUAUAUAUGAAUUUGAUCUUGUCAACAAUCAGCUCCCUAUAUGCUGGACUUGUAGUUACAGUUUCUUUAUUACUAUAUGAAUGUUCUUUUUAUAAUUUUCCUUUUCUAUUUAUCAAUUGGUUAGGUUUUGACCUGCAGUGUCUUAAUACUGUUUUACUAAGAUAUUUAUAUUUCGGGAUUGCCUAAACAGUGAGUUUUGCUGGGGUUAGCAUAAUGAAUAAUAGGUUUAAUGCUUCUGAUCAAAUUAUUGGCACAACUUAUCUUCAAUAGAAUUGAUUAAGAUAAAACAGUUUAGAAGUAGAAACAUGGGAAAAAAGAUAUCAAUAAUUUCUAGCAUCCAUCUGGCAUAAUAAUUUGGUUAGUCUAUUGCAUAGGUGUAGUAGUUUUGUUUGUUAAAAAAGUUGUUCAUUGUUUGGUUUAUCAAUAAAGUGUUAAUUAGCACUUAAUGUUUCGUUGAAAUUAAGGGUCUGUAGUUCUUUCUGCAGUUUUCUAGUGAUUGUUGUUCUGAUUUUAUCUGCUUGAUUCCUUCUUGGGUCAACAAUCUUGUGAGAAGCUUUCAUUAGCAAAACAUUGCAUAGUGUUGCUCUGUCUCGCUUUUGUUGCGUUGAAGGAUCAACAGACAAAUCAAGCUUUGAUGGAAUAGUAUCAUUCUUUUCAAUACAGAGGUUGUGGAGUACCAUGCAAGAAAGUGUUGCCAUUUUUGUCUGAUAGAGAUUUCCCUCUGAUUUUUUCAACAACAAUCGCCAACGCCCCUUCAACUGCCCAUAUGCUCCUUCAACCACCAUUCUGGCACGACUCAGUCGGUAGUUGAAAUAUCUCUGUUCUUUGCUCAGGACAGCAUUGGUGUAAGGCUUCAUUAAGAAUGUUCCAAAUGGAAAAGCUGAAUCGCCAAGUAUUAUUGGUGGAAUGUGAACAUCUUCUUCACACUGGGCAAAAUUUUGGAGAACUUUUCCUUCUUUAAUUGAAGACCACAGAGAAGUUGACUGUAAAAUUAUUGAAUCAUGUGAAUUUCCUGGAAAUCCACAGCUUCCCCAAAUAAAUCGAUACCUAGCAUCUACCAUAGACAUAAGAACAAUUGAAUAAAAGUUUUUGAAAUUAUGAUACUCUUUGGAAGAUUCUUGUCCACCAGGGGGGCAUUUAAUGGGAAUAUGGCAGCCAUCUACUGCACACCAACUGAAGAGAAACUGCCAGAUUUCCUCCAUGUCCAACAUUUUGUUAUUAAAAUCUUCUUCAGAUACUGGCAUGUGCGCACUGACACAUUUCUUCCAUAAACAGGAAACAAUGGCUUCAUUUACAUCAUGAACGAUGGUUGACACUGUGCAAGGAGCAAGCCCGGCCAUUUCUGCAAUUGUAUAAAAGUAAUCGCCUCUCCCAAGGCGAUAUAAACAUAGGCCAAGACGAAGCUCAGGUGGAAAUGGUUCUUCGCACAAUGUAUCUCUUUCAAGCUUGUGGCGGAUGCUUUCAAGGACGAAGUUAAAAGUUUCCCUUGAUACUCUAAAAGUUUUCUUGAAGCGGUCGUCGUCAUAAUUAUCCCAUAACAAUUCCCACCAUCCUUCGUUUCUCUUGAGCCUCCUGCAUGAUCGGGUAACUAUCCUUCUUUGGUUGUGUUGGGCAAACGCGAGUGUGGCUGCGAGGCAAUAAGCAAUUAUCAUCGAUUGAUGUUUAAGUAAUAAUGCUACGCCAUAUUGAAGCAUUUUACGACGUCUUCGAUUUGCAGAAAUCGUUUUUUUCAACACCAGAGCUCUGCUUAUAUUCCUGCCUGCCAUUAUUACGCGCCAAAAACCAAAACUAGACACAGUUGCUGUUGUUGUGCUUCAUUGGUCACUCGUUGCUAAGAUGCUUGGAGCGACGUUUAACUCCGUGCCGCUCCACAGUCGCUCUUCAGUCACAUCUACCUGUAUUGGGUUCGGCACAUGAGAAGAGCGACGUUUAACCUAGGCCUUACUCUUCUACUACACAGUGCUGCAUGACUAUCGACUUAGUGCCCCAUGAAAAUCCAUUAAAAGGCUCCUCCAAGCACUUAGUGCAUCAUUUAGGUUCUCAACUAUGUCCAGUACAUGCCAAGGUACCUCUUUUAAAUCUUCUCUAAAUUUCUGUUCAUUGAAGUUCUUCAUGGAUCUAUAUUUUAUAUGGGUAUGCUGUUACUUUUGGGAAAACUUGAGCUUCCAGACAGCACAUAUAGGAUAAUGAUCGCUUAUAGCUAUUUUUGGUACCUUUGUUGCCCUGAUACACUCUUUUUGUGAAAUUUAGAUAUGAUCUAGAGAGUACUGGUUGUCUCAGUGACUCUUGUUGGUUCUGCUAUCAUCUGCUCUAACAGAAAGCCAACGAUAAGGGUGGUAUUCAUUUUUAUCAAUGCCCUUCCAAUCAAUAUUCAGGUCAGCCAUGAUAAUAACUUCUUUAUUUUCUGCAAACACCCUUUCUAAGCUUGCUUCAAUUUUCUCAGACCAAUCACAAACAGACACAUAUUCUGGUCUAUAACCAUGAUAAAGGAUUAUAGACCUUGUGUUAGAGAAUGCAAUUUCUAUCCAUAUAGCUUGUAUGCCAUCAUUUUCAAGGUCGUAUCGUCUGAAGUGCUGAAUUUUGUUGUUAGCAAACAAGCGUAGUCCCCCAGAAGUCCACCUAGAAGCUUUUUGCAGAAAUUCAAGCGCUCAAAACCAAUCUUCCUGAAUCAAAACAUAGCAUAGACAGGGGUCAUCAAAUUUCUCAUACACCCCCUUGAUUUAAAAACAGGGGUCAAGCAAGGGGGCUGGGCCGUUAUAAUUACCGGAACACUGUUCAUCUUGGACAUGGUAGGCAUCUUUGAUCAUAGUGUCCUAGCCAAAUGCAAAACCAUGAGAAAAAUGCCCAAUAGUUAUUCUUUGGUGGGGGGGUUUUUGGGGGGGGGGAUGCGAGCAGUAAAGAUGUCCAGUCCUUGUAAUUUUUGCAGUAAAAAUCCAUGUACACCAUAAGUUUGGCAAUGUAAGGCAUGUAUACUGACAGCUGGCACACAACUAUAUCCAAUCCACCUUGACUUAAAAUUUGUUUUGUUAUUUUCUUUUUCUUUUUUCUGUACUUAAUUUGAAUGUGUUCCAGCAAAAAAAUGGUUUUGUUGACAUUGGAACGUCACGUUAAUUAAAUACUAUUUGAAUAUUAGAAAUUCCUUGAUUAGCGUUAACUAACUAAGAUUAGCUAUUAGCAUUAAUUUGUGAUCGAAUUAACUUGUUCCGCGUUAUUUUGUGUAAUAAGAUAGAACCCCAGGCUGAAGGUUUGUGAGCAAGAUUUAGAAGCAAUGAACAUUUUAGCCACGCUACAAUGCCAUGUAUCGUAGACCAGACCCAACGCAUUCAUACUUUUGCUAAUUAGUUUGAGCCUAAGAUUGUUUUAAAAUGAUUCUCAAGCGAAAUAAGGUGUAAAUUACCUGAAAAUCACAGAAAAAAUUCAAAUCUUUAUUGAUGUAUGAAACAAGAACAGAACAGAACAGAACAGAACAGAGCAAGACAGAACAGAACAGAAAAUAACAGCACAAUAAAUAUAGAAAAAAUAUAAAACUUAAUCUAGCACAAUCUUAAUUCCGUCUAAUUCAUCAACUUCUAUGCAGUCCUCACUAUCAUCUACAAAAAUUUAGUAAGAGUUCAAAACAUGUAGCAUGAAAUACGCAUUUGUUUUGCUUUCCAAAAAACUCAAUAAACAAAAAAAUAAUUAUUGAUGAUGCUUUAAUUAUUCUUAAAUUAUUCUUGAAUUAGUCUUAAGACUUGUAGGACUUGUAUGGGAUUUCUACGGAUUUCCUUAAAGAAGUGAAGCGCCCCUUGAGUAAUCUUAUAAUUAAAGUGAUAAGCUAAGUUAUGAGAUGAGGUCUUACAAGUAAAAAAUAGCUGGUAGCAUUUGUUCCUACAAAGCCAAAAAAUAACGGCGAGUGUACAGUAUUUUUAUUUAUUCCUUAAUUUAAAGGGUUAUUCGCUUGAAAUGAAGAAACAGGAAAGAUUACAUCGCCAAAUAAACGUACUUUUGUAAUCAACAAAAUUAAACAAAAUAAGAACACCCAUCAUACCAUGCGAAAAACGCCUUUAUUAAUUCCUGAUAUCAUAUUAAUAUAUUUUCUCAUGAUCAGAAUAUUGUUCUGCAAAACACAAUCACUUUUGACGCAACACAUAUUAAGACAUAUACGACAAGGCAAGCACUUGAAAGUCGUCAUCAGUAUGUUCCCGCUGUGCGCAAUGAAUCUAUUAAACGCAUCAAUGGUGUAAAGAGAACAAUAAAUCCAUUUUCGUCAGAAUCUCUUCCAUCUCGUUCCCAGUUGAUAAGGUGGUCAAGUGAAUUAUCGAAAAUGGGCAGGAUAGCAACUGGAUUUUAUUACGUAGAUACUGAAAUUGGCCCAAUAGGAUAUGGGCAGGCGAACCAUUUUUUGUCUCUUCACACGGUCAAGGGUGUCAAAGCAGCAGUGGAACAAGAGAUCGCGUGUUUCAAUUCACCAAAGCUUGCCCCAAGAUCUAUGUCCGUCCAUCUGUCGACUGUUGCAAUCAAUUGCUUAAAUUCUCUGAUUUGGAACAAUGCAAAUCUUAGCACGCUUCCUGAUUACAGGGUUUAUCUGGGUAUCCUUGCACAGCUUUGUUGUAACAGAUACAUUCACCCUGACCACAUUAAUCUUGUCAAAUAAUUUCUGAACAAGGAACAGUCUACAGUCAAAUGCAUCUAUUUGAAUUUUCAAAAUCCUGUAAAACAUGAUCGCCUGCCCGAAUAUCUGUGCUUCGUUGUUAACAUUGGCUUGGGCAAUAAUAACAAAACCUUCUGUGGCAGUGAUGGCAGACAAGGAAAUCAUUGGACACUUGCAGUCUAUGAUCACGCAUCUAAGAAGGUAACAUAUGGCGAUUCUCUUGGAUGGGAUAUUCCUGAAGAUCUUGUGAGCAGGAUCAAAAUGUUUGUCGACCGAAUUUACGGACCAGAUUCCUUCAACAUUGAAGUUGAGAUGUGCCAUGACCCGGCUAGCCAUCGCAAUGGGCGUCGAAACUGUGGACAAGGAUGCAGCAAAAUGUACCCAUUUCAAACCUGGGGCCAUUUUUGUGGUCCCGUUGCCAUCAUUGUAGUGUAGCAUCUAUUGCUUGCCAUCAAAUGCAAUUUUCUAGACAGAUAUGCAGUAAGACCAGGUUAACUGGUACUCCCAACAUAUACAUCCGUGAGCCAUCAAAAUAUGCCAAGUAUCUUCGGUCAGUGUUGAUGACUUGGAUUGCUGAAAAAAGUAACUAUUGAAAUGGUUGUUCCACAGAAUAAUGAUGAGUCUGAUUCAGAUUCAUAAGAGGACGUUAUUUGAAGUAGCGCAUCGACAGACAGAGAGCCAAAAAAAAUUGAGAGCGAAGUCGGGGAUUCAAAAUUGAAGGGAAUAGAUAUUAAGGAAUUACCCCAACAGCCAACUUCCUCAGAAAACUUUAGCAAAAUUCGUAUGGCAAAGACCAGUGCAUCGUCUUCUUCUUUCAAGUGUCCACUCUGCCCUCAGACUUGUGCCAAGAAAGCGAAUCUUGUACGUCACAUUAAGCGACUACACAAAGACCACGCCAAUGUAGCAAAACAAGUGCAGACUGGAAGAUGUCUUUGUCUUGAAUGCAACCAGAGUUUUAGAAGAAUAGUUGAGCUGCGUGAUCAUUUAUCGAUCGACCAUUCGUUCAUCUUUAGAACAGAGAUUCUGGAAUUUGAAAAUAGAAGAGGUAUGUGUUACAAAAGUCUUGAGCUGCGCUCUAUCAAAGGAUGUACACUUUCUUACGAUUUUCUUUACAAAACACGCAUCUUUUUGUUGCCUGUUCUCAUAAAUCCAUAUUCAUUUAGUACUAUGUCUAAAAAGCGAUAUGAAAUUUUUAAAAGCUGGAUUAGAAAUGUCAUGGCACGCUGAACUUUCAAUCGUCAGUGAUGUUCAUUGUAAUUUAUGUUUUGAGACAAGUAAUAUUCUUUUUAUUGGUAAAUACUGUGCUGUCUGUAAUAUAUGACACGCAUCUACAGUAUCUACAGCUUAAAAAUAUGAAAAAAUAAAAACUUCAGUCUUAAAAUGCAAAUUUUUUUUAUGUUUAAGAUAACAGUGAGCAAAAUUAUGUUGAAAAUUUACAAUUGUACGAUAUAGAUCAAGAAGCCAUCAAAUUAAUAUUAACAUAGAAACGAUUCUUAGAAAAUCUUUUAUUUCAGAAGAAAAGACUGGAAAGACGAAGUUGAAGAAUGGUGCAAGUGCACUUUUAUACAAAAGUCAGAGGAACUUGGAACGAAGCUGGGCAAGACCACAUACUAUCAAUGUAACAGAAGUGGUACCUACAGAAAAACAAGGACAGGGAAACGCAGAAUGAAGGCUUCAGGUAAAAACUAAACUUUUUUAGAAAAGGUAAAAACACUGAUUGCACUGCCAUACAGAGAUAAUUAGUUCGGUGAAUUGGUCUCUUGAAUGUUGUCACCAAAUGUUUAUCUAAAAUUCUCACUAUUUUCAUUUUCAAAAACCUUUUAUCUAGUUUAUAGAUAUGGAUAACCCAGGAACAGUUGCUCUAAAUCGAAAGAAAUAUCUGUAAAUGUCAUGGUUUUUUAUAAUACCGUGAAAGAUCUAUUAAGCACCUGGAUCAAAAUAAACAACAGGAUCAAAAUGAACGACAGGAUUUUGAAGCUUAUUCCAUUUUGGGGACUCCAGAGGCAAGCUUAUAAGAAAAGAGUCUUAUUAAAAAACUUUAGGGUUAGAGGGGAGGAUCUAAUAAGAGAGGAGGAAUACCAGAAGGAGGGGGGUAAAUGAAAUUUAAAAUCCUGAUAAAAUUUGAAAUGAUAAAACUUCUCACCUGCAGAGGUCUGUCAAAAUCUCACAUAAUCUUUCCUUUGUCAGGUACCUCCAAAAUUGAGGGUAACUGCACAGCGACGUUUAAAGUGACAAAGCCAGUGCAAAGCAAUUGCACUGGAGGUGCAGCAGGGAAUACCUAGUUCAAGAAUACUCGACGAUAUUUGCAGUGAUAUUGGCAAUACACUGACAAAGAUCCACCUGAUGGAGAAGCAGGACAUGUCAAACAUCGCUUGUUCAUUCAGUUUCGAUAUUAGUCGCCGCCAUCCAAAUGAUCAAGACAGUGUUGCUUCCUGGAUUCAAGAAUGUGAAGAUCAACUGUAUAAUCCUGUCCUGUUCUACAAGCUACAAGGAGAGCCUGCCAAAGGAUUUGAGGACGAAGACUUCAUGAUUGUUCUUCAGACGGAGCUUCAGCAACAGCUUUACCUGCAGUUUGCACUUAAUGGCAUCUGUCUGGAUACAACGCAUGGCACAAAUAUGUAUGACUUCCUUUUAACAACGAUCAUGGUGGUAGAUGAAUUUGGUGAACUGCAACCCGUUGGUUGGUGCUUGUCAAAUCACGAGUCAUUCCCAUUCCUAAAACGUUUCUUUCAAAAGAUCAUGGAAAAUUCUGGAUCUGUGACAUCAGAGUGGCUAAUGAGUGACCUUGCACCUCAAUUCUAUGAUGCAUUCAGUGAAGUUAACAACUGUAGUCCAAAGCGCCUCUUUUGCAGUUGGCAUGUUGAUAAAGCAUGGAAGUCUGAAAUAAGGCAAAAAAUCAGCUGCCAGCAACUUCAUGCAGAAGUCUAUAAAAUGCUGCGUGUUGUCCUUGAACAAACAGAUGUUUGUUCAUUCCAAGACUACUUGGAUGCAUUAAUGGAGCGUCUACAGUCGGUAGAAGGAUCAAGAGAUUUUGCUAGGUUUUGCUUUUGAAAAAUUUUGUGUUCAGCAAAAGGAGAGUUGGUGAUAUUGCUACAGAGUUGGGGAAGGCAUAAACACUUAAGUUCUUGAGCCAGCAAAUCUCAUCUGCAAGGAACACCUUUGAUGCCCUGCGAAAAAACAAAUUGCAAGAGUUGAAAUCAGCUGUAAAGAUCGCACCAAAUGAAAAUGUGAAAAGGCAACACUGAUUUUUCUCCACAAAUUCCAAACGCAAAGCAGUUAGAACCAGGAUAGCAAAGCCAUCGCUGAGAGAAAAGGAGGACAUAUUAAAGACACUAUGAGAAAGAAAAUCAGGUUAGUAUAACAUUCUGUGAAUGUUUUCAUUGGUUUGAUAAGAGGGAAAGAAACAAAAAUUGUUGCUUUGUUUUCAAUAAGCACUUCAGGAAACAGCUGGUUCAUUUUGCAUAGCUGCAUUUAUUUUGUUAGAGCAUUUACCAUAAAAAUCAUUCUUGAACAAUAUAUUUAAGGUAUGACAAUAUUUACCUCAUUAAAACUUGUUUCUUUAAAAUCGACAGAGCCAAGCAAAAUAAGCAAAAAGACUGUUCUUCCAAUAUCUACAUUGAAGUUAUCAAAGGGUAAGUACCGAACUUCACAACAUGUCAACCAUAGAAAACUCUUUUUGCCGAAAAAAGAUUUACUUGCUUUAAGACAUAUCAAACUACCAUACAUAAAGCUUACUUAAUAGCUAGAUACCUAGUUUCAAAUCCCUAAAAGGUCAUAGAGACAAUGAUCUAGUGUUAUCAUUUAUCUUAAACACAUUAUACUCAAGUUUAACAGAUAGUCAAGUCUGAUUUAAAGAGUUG